CAUCCAUCCAGCGACGCCCAGCGACGUGAGCCUCGUACCGGCUACUGUAGCAUCCUGUAAAACCAGCCACACACACAACAUGCGCGCCACGCUGCGGCGCUUCAGCAGCUCGUCCGGCCGCGCGACUCUGGCUUUCGAUAUGUACGGCACGACGUUUGACGUCAAGGGCCUCGGCAGCAUGAUGCGCGCUAUGCCGGCCAUCGACGCAAAGGAGCCGGCCUUCAACAGCAUGUGGCGGGCCAAGCAGCUCGAGUACACCUUCCGGCGCACGUGCAUGGAUGCCUACAGGCCGAUGACCGUGGCCACGCGCGAAGCGCUCGACUUUUGCUGCGAGAUGUUUGACGCGGAACUAUCUGAGGAGGAGCGAGAGCGGCUGUGUGGCGCCUACCUCCUUCUGCCGGCGUUUGCGGACUGCAAGCCCGGCCUCGACCAGCUCGCUGCGGCGAACCACCGCUGCUACGCCUUCUCCAACGGGACGAGCUCAGACGUGCGCUGCCUGCUCGCAAACGCAGAGCUGAGCGGCAGCUUCGUGGACACCGUGGUCGUGGACGACAUGCCGUCGCCCGUCUUCAAGCCGCACGCCGCGACGUACGCCUAUCUGAUGGAGCGGGCAGGCUCCUCGGAGGAGGACACGUGGCUCGUCUCGAGCAACCCGUUCGACAUCCUCGGCGCCGCCGCGUGCGGCUGGAGGACGGCGUGGAUGAAGCGCGGCGAGCGGCCGAACUACGUCAUGGAUCCGUGGGCAGACAGCCCGGGCCCAACCGUCGUCGUGAGCUCCUUCUUGGAGCUGGCGGACGCGGUGGCGAGUCACCCUCCCUGCGGGGCGUGACCAUGCAAGUUGCAAGCGGCAUACCCCAUACCGCGUGUACGGAACUGUGACUUGGAUUGCGUGGCGUACUGUAGCCGCGCUGUACAGUAUGUAGUACGUGCACAGAGACCUCCC